UAACGUGGCGGCACUGCGGCAGUUACAACCGGAACUUUUUGAUACAUGAUAUCAAUUCACUUGAAGAAAGAAGGAAGUGUUUGGAGUUAAUCACUGAGAACUUUGAGAAAUACCGUUGGAUUUUACUAAAUAGCACAAAAUGUCUUCUUUAACUAAGCCAAAAUCUGAGAUGACACCGGAGGAAUUAGCAAAACGAGAAGAGGAGGAAUUUAAUACCGGGCCUCUUUCAGUUUUGACACAGUCUGUUAAGAAUAACACCCAAGUAUUGAUUAAUUGCAGAAAUAAUAAGAAACUUCUGGGACGAGUAAAAGCAUUUGACAGACAUUGUAACAUGGUUUUGGAAAAUGUGAAAGAAAUGUGGACAGAACUUCCACGCACAGGAAAAGGCAAGAAAAAGGCGAAACCAGUGAACAAAGACAGAUUUAUUCCAAAAAUGUUUCUACGUGGGGAUUCUGUCAUCUUGGUGCUGAGAAACCCACUGGCAACUGCAGCAGGAAAGUAACAAAUUAAGGAUAAUUUAAUAUUAAAAAAUUAAGAUUAAUACUCUAAUAAAAAAAUCAAUUUUUUAA